GUAAAAUACUAAAACUUAUGCCUAUGUUAUUUUAAUUUAUAUAUAUUGAUCUACCACUUAUUUUUAUAUGUAUUUUUAUUGUUUGAACUUGUAAAUGUUCUAUAUAUAUAUAUAUAUAUAUAUAUAUAUAUAUAUAUAUAUAUAUAUAUAUAUAUAUAUAUAUAUAUAUAUAGGAAAAUAGAAAAAAUAUAUAUAAAAACUAUAGAAACCUGUCAAUUUGGCGGUCGGUCACCAUACCGGUUCAACUAAAAAACCGGUUUUUAAAACAUUGGGGAGAAUACAAUUAGAUAUGGAAAAUAUAAGAUAAGAAAAAUAGGACACGAAAUAUUAGCAUAAAUAUAAAUAUAAGCAAAAAGAUUAAAUAUGACAAAGGAAGAUAUGAUGACAUGAUUUGAAGGGCAUAAUUGUAAUUACAACUGGAGAGGGGGUGUUUAAUAAUGAAAGAAGAAUAUAAUAAGUUGAAGGGCAAAGGUUUGGAGAGCUGAUAUAACCUGUGAUCACAAAGCUUACCACUCAAUUACAAAAUUCCUCUCAUCUUCUGCUUAUCUUCAUCAGAAAUUAAGACACUUGCGCUCUCAAAGGUAUCUUUUUUUUUUUUUUUUUGUUCCCAUCCAAAGCUCUUUGUGUGCCAUCAUGGAUAUUUUUUCUGCUGCUUUUAUCUUUACAAACAAAUAUGGUAGGACGUACGCAUAUUCCUUUGUGUGGUUUUGAUCUCUUCAAUUCAAAUGUGAGAAAGCAUAUGGAUUCGAAUCCUUAAUUUGUCCAAAACAGUAAAAUUAUAGGUUUAAACAUAUGCAUGGUGACUCUUUAAAUAUGGGAUUAUAAUAUAUAUAUGGCUAUGGUUGGUGGAUUAGGUCUACUGUAAUAUUUGAAGAAAAAGAUGGGUUACUGGAAAUCAACAGUGGUACCAAAGUUCAAGAAGAUUUUCGAGAAGAACAACGUUAAGAAGACGGCUGCUGCAGAAGCUUGCAAGACCUUCGAUGACGCUAAGGAGGAUUACAGCAAAGAGUUUGAAGAAAAGAAGAGUGAACUCCAAGCUAAAGUCAUUGAAAUAUAUGAAGCUUCUUCCGCUGAAAUCAAGGCAGUGGUGAAGGAGAAGAAGGAAGGCGCGUUGAAAAAGGUCUCUACUGGUGUCGAGAAGUUCCUUGAAGAACUCUCUAAAAUCGAAUUUCCUGGAUCGAAACCAGCUCAUGAAGCUUGCUGCAAAUUCGGCCCAACCUUGGUGGAGGGACCCAUUUUCUUUGUUUUUGAGAAGGUGUCGACAUUCAUUGUAGUCGAAGAGAAAAAAGAAGAGGAGGCUACACCAGCACCGGAAGCAGCAGCUCCGGUGGAAGAAACAAGCAGCAAAGAGAAGGAGAUUGUGGUGGAGGAAGAGAAGAAAGAAGAGGUGGUGGUGGUGGCGGAGGUUGAGAAGACACCGGAAACCACCACAGUCAAGGCGGAGGAAGUAACCCCAGCUGAGCCACCAAAGGCUUGCUGAGCUGAAGGUUUAAUGGGGGUGUGUGAUAUCGAUGAUUUGUGAAAAUUAAAUUAAAGGUUUCUGUGAAUGCAUCUGUAAACAAAUUUUACUUGGACAAAUUUGUUAUUCUUUCUUCUUUUUUUUCCAUUUUUAUGGGGGGUGGGUUACCCUACUUACCCCUUUGUAAUACAUUGAAAAUGUUUUGUUGGGUGUUUUCUUUUUUGCUUUUUGUAUAUUAAUUGUUGUAAUUUGUAUAAUACGUAAACUUAUCAAAUACAGUUUGUUGCCUUCAUUGAUUAUUCC